UAUUGUUUUGGCUUACUUGUUGUGGGAUGGUGGUAAAAAUACCCUUUGUCUCUACAGUCUUUGUUACAGCUUGCCUCCUUGUUCUGGUACUCGGUGACAAACGUACCUUCGCAUAUGAUCGUAGUAUCGAGUGUAGACCGUCGUGUUCGCUGAAUAUAACUCAUAGGUUGUUUCGCGCAGGCGAAAUUGUGCAGGGCGCCAUGGAAUUGGAACAGCUUUUAGAGUUAGGCAGAGAGCUCAACUUGGAAGGUGAGCAGCUGUUGCGUUUUGCUCAGCAGCGCAAAGAGCAAAUGGAGAAAAGAAGAGCGAUAGAAGAAGAAAGAGAGGCUAAGAAGUUUGACAUUGCGGAGCGUAGAGAAAGAGAAGCGUUAGAGAGGGAAGAAAGACAGAAAAAACGCGAUCAUGAAAGAACUAUGAAAGAGUUGGAGCUUAAACAAGCAGAGAUAAUGCAUGAAGGUAAGGAUAACGAUAUAGAUACUCACCAUCCUAGUCCUAAAUUCCCAAAGUUACCAAAAUUUUGCGAUGGGAAGGAUGAAAUGGAUUCUUCCUUGAUGAGAUUUGAAAGAUUUGCGACUGCUAUGAAAUGGCCCGAGACAGAUUGGGCGACGUCUUUAUGUGCUCUUCUUACAGGUAAGGCACUAGAGGUUUAUAUUCGUUUACCUGCCAGUAAGGCCAUAGAGUAUAAGGCACUAAAAGCAGCACUGCUGUAUGCCAAUCAACUCACUGAAGAGGGCUUUAUAAUCAAAUUUAGAUCAACCAGCCUUGACAGUGGUGAGACCUACACCCAAUUCUGUGAUCGUAUCAAACAUUAUUUAAUUCGUUGGGUUGAAGUUGCUGGAGUUCCAAAGUCAUUUGAUGGAUUGGUUGAUUUGCUCUUGAAAGAACAGAUUCACAGAGUUUGUGGUAAAGAUUUGAGCAUAUUUUUGAAGGAACGUCAGCCAAAAGACUUAAAAGAACUCGUACGUAUCGCAGAUCGAUAUGUUGAGGCUCAUCGAUCUAAGCCAGAUAGAAAAUCACCAAUAUUUGGCAAUAACAAGACCAGGCCUAAUCAGCAUCCAAAUCAAUCUCAACCACAGGUGCAACCCAAAAGUUCUGAUAAACUUACCAGGUCUUGGCGAGAUUCCCGCACAUGUCAUAAGUGUGGUAAAGUUGGACACAUUGCUCGUGACUGUUUUAGUCGACGGUGUAAUCCAACUCAGGGCAGUAGUAGUGCUAAACCAGUUGCAAGUGUACUUACAGAGUCAACUACUCGAGAAACAGAGUCGUCAAUGAAGAAUGCUUCAACACCGGCUGAGACAGUGGCGACGUGUUUGCCUCUCAGAGACCAUUCUGGUCCAUCAUUGUGCAGCUGCGGCAAUCCUAUUUCAGGAGAAGAUGUAACUUUAUCAUGUGGUCAUACUCUUCCAGUGGUAAGUGCAGCAUGUACUGAUGGGGAUAGGAUGCCAGUAAAAGAGGGAUACAUGGGACAAAAAAGAGUCUUGGUCCUUCGAGAUUCAGGUUGUAGCACAGUUGUAGUUAGGAGAGACUUGGUGCAAGACAGUCAACUUACUAAUCUGCUGCAGAAGUGUGUUUUCCUAGAUGGUACAGUUAGAACAUGCCCAGUUGCAGAGGUUACCUUGGACACACCAUUUUAUUGAGGUACUGUCAAAGCGAUAUGUAUGUCAAAACCACUGUAUGACGUAACCAUUGGAAACAUUCCUUUAGCAGGAGACCCUGCAGAUCCUGAUCCAUUGUGGGCACCAGCAGUUAUUGCAGAGCAGGAGAAGAGUCACGUGAUUGAGGCCAGUGCUGUGGAAACCAGAGCCCAGAAGUUGAAGAAGUUGAAGCCAUUGCAACCACUCAAGACUGCUCUGGGUGGAGCAGCAUAUGGGGUCCCAGUAUGCAGAGACGAACUUCAAAGAGCUCAGAGGGAAGAUGAGACUCUCAAGAACUUUGGAAGGCAGCAACGACUGAGGAGGUCAAGGUAUCAAGCCGCGGAAAUUCAACCCGUUACUGGGUCCCUACAGGAACUACGUUGUGAAAGUCGCCCAUGAUUCACCGAUGGCAGGGCACAUGGGAACUCGUCGCACUACCGACAGAGUGACUUCGAAGUUUUAUUGGCCAGGGGUAAAUGGAGAUGUCCAUCGCUAU